AUGAUUUCAAAACCUCAGCAGCAUGUCCUCCUCUUCCUUGCUUCUUUCAUUUUCUUCUUCAUCAUCCACUCUCAUUGUGACAACAAUAUUUCAAUUUUGCCUAGAUGUUCCACCUAUGAUUGUGGCAAUGGAAUCCCAAUUAAAUACCCAUUUUGGCAUAUUGGUGAUGAUAGCUUUGAUUUAUGUUGUGGGUAUCCAGAGUUUGGUCUUUCAUGCUCUAAUGGCGAGCCUGUGCUUAAAUUGACAAACGACACUUAUUAUGUGAAAGACAUAAACUACGCAGAUUAUACCAUUGCUCUAGUGGAUAUUGAUGCCACCGGCCACACAUGUCCCAGGGCACGUCAAAACCUGACUUUACAAAACCUACCACUAGAUUACACUAAUUUAGAUUUGAACCUCACCUUUUACUUUAAUUGCAGUUCUAGCCCAUUUUCUUUUUCACCCUCCGCCAUUGGGUGCUUGGGAUAUGGUAAGCUGCAGUCCUACAUUAUUACAAUGGAGAACCAAAUAGAUGACAUGGAAUGGGUUGGAAAGUGUGAGGAGAAAGUGGUGGUGACGGUGAUGAAGAAGGAGAUCAUAGGUAAUGAUUUGAUUCGUGGAUUUGGUGGGGCCAUGAAUAAGGGGUUUAUGCUAGAUUGGGGGACAGUUAAGUAUUGUGGUGUUUGUGAAGAUUCCGAUGGAUUCUGUGGGUACAAUAAGACUACGGCGGAGUUUCUAUGCUUUUGCGGCGAUGGUACUGCACAUGGGGACCGGUGCAAAGUGAAUUUUUGCUUGAUUGGUAGCGGAACUGUGGGUUUCUUUUCAAUUGUUGAUGGGAUAGCAAUGGAUAGGCCUCGGAGAAUAUCACACACUUAA